GGCCAGAAAUUGAUUUUGAUCGUCUGAAGCUUAAUAUUCUUACAGGUCAAGAAGUCUCCAGAAAAAUUAUCUAAUUAACUGAAACACAACUUGAAGAAAAUAAGCGCAUAAUAGUGUGAAAUCAAGCAGCAGAGCCGAGGAACCGAAUCAAUGGCUACGGCUUCUCUCCUUGAAGCGAUGUCAUUCGUCCAGGGGGAGUCGAAGCCUUCGUCUUUGAAAUGGAAUCCUCUGCUACAGAAUUUCCCAGCGCAGGUACAUUUUCGAUUGACAACGAACAAUGCACGCUUCAUCAAAGCUUCAAAAUUAAGCGUUAAAUGCGCGUUGUACUCGAAGAAAUGGACAACAGCGCCGGUGAAUGGAGAGAAGAAUUGGAACCCACUUGAAGGAUUGGUAGAGGCCGUCUUAAAGGCCAUUAGAGCAUUACAGAAACCAGCAAUAGCUGCAAUCUUGUUAGGGUUACUGUUGACGUACGACCCAAAUUCAGCUUUAGCGGCUUCAGGAGGGAGGAUGGGAGGGCGGGCGUUCUCGUCGCAUUCGUCUUCUUCGUCGAGUAGCUAUUCGACACAGAUGGCAAGCCCUAGUUUUUCGACCUCGUUGCCGUAUUACGCUCCUAUGCCGUUUGGCGGUGGAGGAUUUUAUGCAGCACCGGCGGUUGGAGUGGGAGUCGGCGUAGGUUCGGGUUUCAAUAUGAUUUUGAUUGGUUUUGCUGCAUUUAUUUUGGUAUCGGGAUUUCUUUCUGAUCGGUCAGAGAAUGGUGUUUUUACUGCUACCCAGAAAACAAGUGUUCUCAAGCUUCAGGUAGGGUUAUUGGGCACGGCGCGUUCAUUGCAAAGAGAUCUUGAUCGGAUAGCCGAAGCUGCAGACACAUCCACGACGGAGGGUUUGAGUUAUAUGUUGACAGAGACCACAUUAUCUCUACUUCGCCAUCCUGAUUAUUGCAUCUCUGGUUAUUCAUCUUUGGAUGUGAAGCGAAGCAUUGAGGAUGGAGAGAAGAGGUUCAAUCAACUGUCCAUUGAAGAAAGAGGGAAAUUUGAUGAAGAGACACUUGUCAAUGUGAACAACAUAAAAAGGAAAUUCAGAACAAGCCAAAGGGCUAGUGGAUUCAGUAAUGAGUAUAUAGUGAUAACUGUACUGGUGGCUGCGGAAGGAGUUCAUAAGCUACCUUUCAUCAAUGGUAGUGCAGACUUGAAGGAGGCCUUGCAAAAACUGGGUUCCUUUCCCUCCAGAAAAACUCUGGCAGUGGAGGUGUUGUGGACUCCUCAGAAUGAAAGUGACACACUGUCAGAGCGGGAACUUCUUGAAGAUUACCCACUUUUAAGGCCUCUGUAAGGAUCAAUAAUCAGUUUAACCUUGUAUUAGUUGUGAAAUAGGUAUGAGAUAGAGUGCUUAUGAUCCAAGUGGCAUCAUAGGGAAGAACUAUGCUUUCUAUUGUACGACAAAAAAGUUAAAAAUAAAUGUCUAUAAUAUGAGGCAAUUUUAUUCCUCAAA